AAGACUAAUCGAAGUGGAGUUCAUGGCUGCCGCCGGUGAAGUUAAACGCAAGUUAUGUGAUGAACACAGGACAUUUCAACAGUCAUGGGAGGAAGAACUUGCUUUUGUGGAGGUAAAUAACAAGCCAGUGUGCCUUCUUUGCCAGAAACAGUAUAUUCCAAAACGAACGAAUCUGCAGCGCCACCAUGACAGCUGUCAAAAAGACUUCAAAGUUGACUUUCCACCAGGCAGUAAUAUAAGAAAAGACAGAAUAUGCAGUCUCAUUGGAAAUCUUUGUGGUCAACAAACUGUUUUGACAUUCAGCUGUAAAGAAAGUGACAGAAUCACGGAGGCAUCAUUCAAAGUAGCGUGGACUGUAUCAAGGAGUCGGCGGUCUUUCACUGAGGGACAGCUGAUAAAAAGUGUUUUUUGGACUGCAGUGAGUCCCUUUUUGCCGAGUUUAAAAACAAAGCUGAGAUCACCCGACAGAUAUCCAAACUACAGCUUUCAGAUUCAACCCUCAGCAGACGUGUGGAAAACAUUUCAGAUGAUUUGUUCAUAAAAUUGAUCGACGAUCUUCAGAAAACGCAGCUCUUCAGCCUGGCCAUAGACGAGUCCACUGAUGUGUCGGAUACAGCGCAACUUAUGAUAUGGGCUCGUUUUUUUAAUGGUGACACAUUCAUGGAGGAAAUGUUUGCUGUUUUGCCACUGACUGGCCAAACAAGAGGAGAGGACAUUUGUUUGACAAUCACUGACUUUUUCCGGGGACCAGGGACAGAGAUUGAUUUGGGGAAACUGGUGUCAGUUACUACUGAUGGUGCACCGUCGAUGGUUGGAAAAGAAAGAGGACUUGUUGCAUUAAUGAGAAAAGACGCAUUUCCCGACUUUUUUUUUUUUUUUUUUGCCUACCAUUGUAUUCUUCACCAAGAACAGCUCUGCUGCAGACUCACAGGUGGUGAAGUGAAAACAACGAUGGGUAAGGUGGUGAAAGUUGUUAACUACAUUAGAGGCCACAGACAGUUCCGCACCUUAGUAGAAGAAUAUGACACACUCAAUAUGAAGACCUGACGCUGCACGCCGCAGUGCGAUGGAUGAGCAGAAGCAUUGUACUGGAGAAGUUUGUGGAUUUACUGCUGGUGAUUCGAGCCUUCAUUGCGCAGAGAAAGCAUGCUGAUCUGUAUCAUGUCAACGAUGAGAAGUUUGCACUGGAAGCGGCUUUUCUGGUCGACACAACCAAGCACCUGAACUCCCUAAAUUUGAAGCUCCAGGGAAACAACAAAUUGCUGCCUGCCUUGGUGAAUGAUGUUUCUGCUUUCAUGGAGAAACUCUUUCUUUAUCAAGACCAUGGUGACAAUGACUUCACACACUUCCCAAACCUACGUUCACAGGUCCUCCCCUACCGUGUGAGGAGAUUGCUGUUGCUGUUGCUGCUGCUGCUGUCGUUGCUCCACAUCCAGGCCUUCCUCACCCCUCCUCUCCCCCGCCGCCAGAGCAGGGCAGCCACGGACGGCUUGGCUCGAUUUCAAGGAGGCUCCGAUCCUGCAGCCACGUCAAUCACGUCUUCACCGCUGGCUGCGGGGCGGCCCUCGUGGCCGGGAUGCCACUGUGUGCCGUGCCAGUCCACAGUGGACGGUGAGGGGCAGGAGGAGGGCACUGAGUGCAGGAGGCUGAGGGGAGGCGCCCCACACCAGACCGGAGACAUGAACCUCUGCUGGAACGAGAUCAAACGCAAGUCCCACAACAUCCGGGUGCGGCUAGAGGCCUUCUCCGACAACAGCGGGAAGCUGCAGAUCUCGCUGCAGGAGAUCAUAGAAUGGCUGACAGCCAAGGACGAGGAGCUGUCGGAGCAGCUGCCCAUAGGAGGCGACGUGGGGGCCGUUCAGCACCAGAGAGAGUUCCACCAGGCAUUCAUGGAGGAUGUCAAGUCUCGCGGGCCGUUUAUCUACUCCGUCUUGGAGUCUGCCCAGGCCUUUCUGGCUCAGCACCCCUUCCAGGAGCCAGAGGAGACCCUGACUGAUGGAAAAGAGGUGUCUCCUCGCCGGCGGAUCUUGAAUGUGAGCCGCUCUGUAUGGAAGCAGGCGAACGUGGCCAGUGACCUGUGGGAAAAGCUGACAGCUCGCUGUGUGGACCGCCACAGACACAUGGAGAGGACACUGGAGCGUCUUCUUCAGAUCCAAGCAGCGAUGGAGGAGCUGGCGGGGGCCCUGGAGCAGGCGGAGGGGGUGAGGGACGCCUGGGAGCCUGUUGGAGACCUCUUCAUCGACUCUCUGCAGGACCACAUAGACGCUACCAAGUUAUUUAAGGAGGAGCUGACCCAGGUGAAAGAGGGCAUGAAGCACAUCAAUGAUCUAGCCCACCAGCUGGCGAUCUCCGAUGUCCAUUUGUCGAUGGAGAAUGCCCGAGCCCUGGAGCAUCUCAACAGCAGAUGGAAAGUGCUUCAGGGUUCGAUAGAGGAGCGGCUGAAGCAGCUCCAGGACGCACACAGAGACUUUGGCCCUGGAUCGCAACACUUCCUUUCCAGUUCAGUGCAGAUACCGUGGGAGCGUGCCAUCUCCCCGAACAAAGUGCCCUACUACAUCAACCAUCAGGCCCAGACGACGUGCUGGGAUCAUCCAAAGAUGACAGAACUGUACCAAGCGUUGGCGGAUCUGAACAACAUCAAGUUCUCAGCGUACAGAACAGCAAUGAAGCUGCGUCGAGUUCAGAAGGCUCUGAGACUGGAUUUGGUGGCACUGAGCAGCCUGGUGGAGGUGUUUCGGGAGCAGGAGCUGCAGCAGGGAGAGCAUGUGAUGGAUGUGGUGGAGGUGAUUCAUGGCCUGACUGCUCUGUACGAGAGGCUGGAGGAGGAGAGAUCCAUCCUGGUCAACAUUCCCCUUUGUGUUGAUAUGUGUCUCAACUGGCUGCUCAACGUCUAUGACAGUGCUCGAAACGGCAAAAUGCGAGUUCUCAGCUUCAAGAUGGGAUUGGUGAGCCUGUGCAAUGCAGACGUCCAGGAGAAGUACAAAUAUUUAUUCCGUCAGGUGUCUGGCUCUGGAGGUCUGACAGACCAGCGUCACCUCAGCCUGCUGCUCCAUGAAGCCAUCCAGAUCCCCCGCCAGUUGGGUGAAGUCGCUGCUUUCGGUGGCAGCAAUGUAGAACCGAGUGUUAGAAGCUGCUUUCGCAUGGCUCCAGGGAAACCUGCCAUUGAGGUAUCUCACUUCCUGGAGUGGAUGAGCCUUGAGCCCCAGUCGAUGGUUUGGCUGCCUGUCCUCCACCGCGUGACUGCUGCAGAGUCGACCAAGCACCAGGCCAAAUGCUACGUCUGCAAACAAUGUCCCAUCAAGGGCUUCAGGUAUCGCAGUUUGAAGCAGUUCAAUGUGGACAUCUGCCAGACAUGUUUUCUAACCGGCCGCACAACCAAGGGAAAGAAGCUGCACUACCCAAUCAUGGAGUACUACACCCCAACAACCUCGGGAGAGAAGAUGAGGGACUUCGCCAAGACUCUGAAGAAUAAGUUCAGGUCAAAGCAGUACUUCACCAAGCACCCACAGAGAGGUUACCUGCCAGUGCAAUCAGUGCUGGAAGCUGAGAGCUCAGAGACACCCUGCUCCUCACCCAAGCUGCCCCAUGCAGACACACACAGCAGGAUUGAACAUUAUGCCAGCAGAUUGGCAGAAAUGGAAAGCCAGAAUUGUUCAUUCUUCACGGACAGCCUGUCUCCUGAUGAAAGCCUCGCCUCUGUUUUUCUGCUGCACGCUGCUGUGCUAUCUGUGCCUCCAGCUGGUGUUUGGUUGGCAACAUACUGCUUUCUGUCCAGAGCCAUGCUGCCUAUGUGUGCAGCCGUCACCCUCCACCUGUAGACACUGUUCUGAGUUCACUGUACUUAUUGGCAGGUAGCAGACCUUCAGUCUAUCAUGAGUCAAAAGUAAUGUGCCUUAGAAUCUGUGGUUUUUGUUCAUUUUAAAUACGAGCUGUUUAUAAUUUCAUUUAAAAUAACUUUUUGUGAUACACACAAACACACCAGCAUUUUUCAAGCUAUGUUUUCUAAUAUUUAUUUGUGCAAUCAAAUUAUUGAACUUGUAAACAGUAUUAGUCUUUCUCUCUAUUGAGCUAUUUAGUUACACUUAGUUUGCACAAUAAAAGGCUAUUAAUUAAGCAGCGUGCUCCAACCCCCUUAUGUAAUUUGCUGUCCUCGAGCUGAGAGGCAUCUGUUUUAGCUGUAUUUUGCAGGAUGAUGCUUGGAGAAUCUUGUUUCUGCUGAGUUACACUAUCAGUUCAUCCAUUGAUCUAAGCUAGCUAUAACACAGAUUAAUGUGAUUGUAAUUGCAGAUACUCUUUGAUAUUAUAAUAAUAAUAAUCUUUAUUUAUGGAGCACUUUCCAAAACUCAAGUUACAAAGUGCUCAAUAGGGCAGCAUAAAGAAGACACUGUUGGAGGAGCAGAAGAAGAAAAAUAAAGGAUAAAUCAAAAUUCAAGUAAAAUCAGAUAAUUCUAUCCAAUAAAAAUGUGUUUAAAGAAGGAGCUGAAAAAAAGGUCACUGGCUCAAUUGAUUUGAUUUUCUUUGUCCCCUUUAGUUUUCAACUGGGCCCAUGGAACAAACAGAAAAACCUCUGCCAAAGAAUAAUACGCACCGGUAUAUAUAGAGGUCAGAGAUAUAGCUGGAAGAGAAGCCAUUAGAAGUGAUCAAUAAAAUCUUAAAAUAAAUCCUAAGACAUACCAUGAGCAGAAGAGAUGUGGCGUGUCGCUUGGUUGUGGUUAAAAGCCUGACAGCUGAUGUUGCAGUAAUCCAGGAAUGAUGACAAGAAAGCAUGUAAAAUGGUCUCUGUGUCUUUAAAAGUUAAGAUAGGUUGUAUUAUUAAAAUAUUUCUAGGAUCAUAAAAACAUGAUUGCACAAGCUUUGCUGCGCAAAACUUAGAUUACUAUCAGACCAGAAUCCAUGACUCUUUGCAAGAGACUUGAUUUGAUCCAAAAGGGAACCAAAACUCUGCUGCCCGACUCCUCACCCGAACCUGUUCUCACGACCAUAUCACCCCCGUCCUGCAGAACCUCCAUUGGCUCCCCAUUUCACACCGCAUCCAGUACAAACUGCUUCUCCUCACCUUCAAGUCCAUCCAUAAUCUUGCCCCCUCUUACCUUACCGAUUUGCUCCUCCCCUACACCCCCCCCAGGAAUCUCCGUUCCUCCCACACAAACCUCCUUUCCAUCCCGCACAGGACCAGCCGGCGACAUUGGGGGGACAGAGCCUUCGCCAUUGCCGCCCCCACACUCUGGAACUCCCUCCCCCAUGCCCUCCGUGACUGCACCAACCUCACCACAUUUAAAUCCCUUUUAAAGACUCACCUUUUUAGAUCUGCUUUCCUUAAGUGAUUCUGUAUUUUAUCUUGAACUUGUUUUACUAUCUAUUGAUUUUAAUUAACAGUUUUGUUUUAUCUUAUUGUAUUUUAUGUACAGCGUCUUUGAGUUUUUGGAAAAGCGCUUUAUAAAUAAAAUUUAUUAUUAUUAUUAUUAAAUGGCAGAUUUUGUUUUGCCAUCUGCUGGAGCCCAGGGCAACGAGUCCAGCUGAAGAAAAUUUCUAGAGAUCACAAAUAUACAAAAUCAGAAUUAGAACAUAGAGACAUUUUAUGAAAUACGACAAAUAUGUCGAUAUAGUCGGAAGUAGGAUUGCAUACGAUGAAGUGUUUGGGUGGUGUAGUGUAUGAUAUGGGAUUUGCAAUAAAUAUUGAAUAUCCCAGCAAAAGUAAGACUGAACCUGGCAAAGUUCUAUAGGAAAUUCCUACCACAAUGUCUUAAGUUAGUAAAUAGAUGGAAAAAAUUUGGAACAGUCAUUAUCUGAAAUACCUAUAACUCAAAAUACUGAAAUAUUGCAGAGACCAGACAGGUCAUGUCAACUCAAUCUGACAUAAAUAGCAUAUAUUCUAGAAAAAAUAUGCUGCAACUAAGAUGACUCUGUUCUUUCUAUACAUUCUCUUUCAGCUGAGCCUAUAAAUGCCUUUAUUUAUUUGUAAGACCAAAGACUUUGAUCACAUGAUAUGUAGCACAAACACAAACCUCUGCAAAGCCUUAAACAUUCUUUUUACUUUGGCUCAAUGAAGUAUUUUGCUUUAUAGGCAACGGUAUUAUUGCACCAUAUAAACAGACAAGCAAUUGUCUUUCCAUUAAAAUAAUUGCCAAACAUUCACAGAUCCAUUUGUUGUUUAAACAGCCCCAGGUCUGCUGUCAUAGAUCUGCACAAUAAGUGUUCUGUUCCAAAGUCAAUAAAGUCUUUAUUAUUUGGGCAAUAUAUUGUGUUGUAGCUUAAUAAGCUCCUUCAAUUUCUAAAUAGACAACUGGUUUUUAAUGGUGCGGUGAGUCUAGUUUAUUACAGACUGUUUCAUAUUUGGACUGUGAACCUGGCUCAGUGUCACAGUGCUCCGUCCCGCUGUGUCUUGUCUCUUUGUGUCUCGUCCUGUGAUUCCCGUCCUCGUCCUGCUUGCCUUGCCUUGCCUUGCUUUGCUUUGGCCUGUCUACUCUCCCAUGCUGUUGGCUUCUGCUUUGUGCUGCUGGUGGCUGUGUGCUGGUGGCUCAGUGUGCUGUCUCCUGUGUGGGG